AUGGCGCGAUUCCACGCGCUGCGCGACGCACUCUCUCAGGCGGAGCAGCAUGAGCGAUCGCGGAUCCAGCGCCAACAAAACAUUAGAGAAGUUGUUCCGACGGCAGUGCCUACGGCAACGAAUUGGGAGCCAAUAAUCAGGACGACUAGUACCGUACCACCACCAGCGACAAAGGCUUCAAUAGAAAAAUUGCCAGAUGUUGAAAUCGUACAAGAAGAAGAAGAAGAACAGAUGAGCGAAUGUGCUAUUUGUUUGGUAGAAUUUCAAGUCAAGGAAACAGCUAAAGAAAUGCCAUGUAAACAUCGCUAUCAUUCAAAUUGUAUUAACAGAUGGUUAGAGAUACAUGCAUCUUGUCCAAUUUGUAGGUAUAAGAUGCCGUGA